GACUAAUCCUUACAAAGGAAAAUGGCAUAAUAUAUUCCAAAAAAACGCUUUCAAGUUCAGUUCCCAUUAACCUGUGGAUUAGCUAAGCAGUUUCUGGACACACAUGUACUGGGCUCUAUGCAACAUUAAACAGCCUUAUCAAUCCGCAAAUAAAGAUGGAUGUCACUGUAGAAGAACACAAGACCCAGUCCAGGCUCUCAAACAGCUUCUCCCGUGGACACAGUGUCAUGAAUAGAUACACCGUUCAGGAAAAACUGGGCAGUGGGUCUUUUGCGACUGCAUACUUCGUUACGGAUGCCAAGGAUGGAGGAAGCCUGAAGGUUUUAAAGAGAAUUUCCUGUGGAGGUCUAAGGCCGGACGCUACCCUCCCCUCGGCCAGAGAGGCAAAACUUUUGGGCAGCCUUCGGCAUCCGUUCAUCGUCCAGUUUUUCAGCAGCUUCUUGGAGAAAGAAGAUUUUUGUAUAAUCACGGAAUACUGUGAGGGUGGAGACCUUGACUGCAUCAUCCAACAGCAAAAGGACAAGAACCGACCCUUCCCAGAGGGACAUAUUACUGAAUGGUUCAUCCAACUCUUGCUUGGAGUCAACUAUCUUCAUGAGAGGUUGGUUUUACACAGAGAUUUAAAGACCAAAAAUAUAUUUCUAAAGAAUGGAACAAUCAAGAUCGGUGACUUUGGUGUUUCACGCAUAUUGUCCUUGCCAACCGAUAUGGCGACCUCGUUCACUGGAACCCCUCACUAUAUGAGCCCAGAAACCUUCUCAAACAGCGGGUACAAUUCAAAGUCUGAUAUCUGGUCUUUGGGUUGCAUCCUGUAUGAAAUCUGCUGUUUCCAGUACGCAUUUGAGGCCUCAAAUUGGAUAAAGCUUGUUUCUCUCAUCGUGGAAGGUCCAACCCCUUGUCUUCCAUCAAAAUACUCGGCAGCUCUCAAUGAUAUCCUGCAGAGGACACUGAGAAAGGAUCCAGAGGAGAGGCCCAGUGCAAGUGAAAUUCUGACCAUGCCGUACAUUGUGGAUCGGGCAAAGGUUCUCUCUGCCUGGUUGGAGGACGUUAUGGGUCAGGACGGACAGGGCUCUGUGAGCGAUGACGCCUGCAGAAUUGCGGCUGCCGUGAAGGAAAAGCUACAUCUAGACACCCUACGUGCCAUGCACGAUGUACAGGAGAUGGAUCCACGUCAACGGAGGAGGAUACGUAAAGAUGAGCCAGGAGAAACCUACAUGAAGAAAAUGAAGAGAGCCGUGGAGCGUCUGUACCAGGAAAACCACGAGAAACUAGAACAGAACAAAAUGGUUAAAAUGAGACAGGAGAACGCAUGGGUAGAAGAGGAGUCCACCUGUACAUCAGCUGACAUUAGGAGCUACACCUCCAGUGAAGAUGACGAGGAAAGUGAAGAGGAAGAAUAUUUCAGUGGUUCUAUCCUAUCUAUUUCUACAACGCUAUCAGAGGAGCAUAGCAGUACCCUGAGUGCCUAUCAGAGCUGUCUACGACGAUUUCUGGACUACAGCACAAAUGCAAAUGAAGUUGGGAUAACAGACACAAUCUCUAAAGACUCUCAGGAUAUGAGCGUGUCAACCUGCAAUAAGGAGGAAAUUGCUCGUCUCAGGCAAGUCUGCUUGGAACUCCUGGGUGACAAUGGGUUCUGGAAAGUGUACGAUUACCUUAAAAGGGAGUAUUUUCGUCAGGACUCUGAGACAGAGGAGUUUGAAGAGGCUACACUGAGUGAACCCCAAGAGAUCGUUCUUUAUCCUCAACAUUGCCACAAAGUACAACAGCUCAUCUUCCUUGAAGAGAGGAUGGAAGGGGAAAAUUUAGGAAUGAACUGUGCUUGGCUAUAGGACAAUGGUCCUGAAUUAAGUUUGUAAUCCUUCAUAUACUAAGAGACAAGGGCAUCAAACCCCUCCUAGUCCCCAAAUUAAAUAAAAAAAAAAAACAGAUGUUGGAAAGGCUGAACUUGAUAGA